CGUGUCGAAGGUCACGGCGCCCACAAUGGAGCUGUCGCCGUACGCGCAGGGCGGGUGGCGGCUGCUGGGCGACCCCCGCCGCUUCCCCCGCCGCCCCUUCGCCGCCCUCCUCCGCGCCGCCUUCCGCAGCCUCCUGGAUCACCCGCAGGCCGGGUUGGACGAUCCAGACCUGAAAGAUAUUGACCCUACGGUAUUAAAGCAUUGCCAUGCUGCGGCUGCAACGUGUAUUCUGGAGGCAGGGAAGCAGAAAGCUGACAUAUCUGCUAUAAGCACAUGCCUGGAAGACUGCAAACUGGAUAAAGAGAGAAUAGAACAAUUUUGCACCGAAUAUCAGAAAAACAAGGAUGCAUUGGAAAUCCUAUUGGGAAGCAUAGGCAGAUCUCCUCUCCAUAUAACUGAUGUGUCUUGGCGCUUGGAAUAUCAGAUCAAGAACAAUCAACUUCAUAAAACUUAUCAGCCUUCCUAUUUGGUGACCUUAAACGUAGAGAACAGUGAUUCAGGAUCACACCCAGAUGUUAGUUUUAGUUGUACGAUGGAGCAAUUACAGGAUUUAGUGGGAAAGCUAAAAGAUGCUGCAAAAAGUCUAGAACGAGCGACUCAGAUGUGAUUGAAGGAAGGUGUCAGCCUGCUGAAGCACUCUCCUUCCUAAGUGUCUCCUAAACGACAAAUGUCUUUCAUCUCUUGAUGCAAACUGGGGUUUUUUUAAGUCCUUGGAUGUAAAUUAAGCAAAGCAACUUUUUUACGUCUGCACUGGGUAUUCCUUGCUCAUGUAAUCUUUUUUUUAUUAACUCCCGUUAAAUAUCUGUUGAACUGUCACGUCAUCAAAGUGUACCUUCUAUCUUAUUUUGUAUAUUUUUACAACUGUCACUGCUAAUUUUUCUCUCUGAUCUAAUAAAAGUUUAUUUGCG